GGUGGUGGGGGGGCUGCGAGCGUCUCACAAAUUGUCGCCUCCUUGUGUCUGUCCGCAGUCACCAUCGUGGGCACCUUCAAGGGCUACUUCCUGCAAGCGCGAAUACCCAACACCACGACCAUCGUGGGCACAUGGGACACCCCACCUGCAGACAACAUCUUCGUGCCGUGCAAUUCCGUGCCAAAGGCCGCGGUGACGCACUCCACCAGCACGUCCAAGACGAACCUGAGCUUGUUUUGGAUCCCGCCGACUACAAACCCUCCCAGCUCCGUAGUGUUUGUAGCGACCGUGGUCAAGACGGAACCCGAAUGGCAAAUGAACGUGCAGUCGUUAAAGGUCAAUGCCUCAGGUUAUGUAGCCACAACCAAGCCACCAGCUAAGACCACAACCAAGCAACCAGCUAAGACCUCAACCAAGCCACCAGCUAAUUCCACAAUCAAUCCAACAACUAAGACCUCAACCAAGCCACCAGCUAAGACCUCAAUCAAGCCACAGGCUAAUUCCACAAUCAAUCCAACAACUAAGACCUCAACCAAGCCACCAGCUAAUUCCACAACCAAGCCAACAACUAAGACCACAACCAAGCCAGGCAACUCUGCCGGGCGUGCGGCCCUCGCCAUGUCUGGGCUCUCCCUGGGCGCGCUGCUCGUCGUCGUCACAGCCGUGUGCUGUCGUUGAUUCCACCGGCGAAGUC